ACAAUUAUGUCUAAAUAUAAGUUUUACCUUCCUGUGAAGUCUCUCUUCCACGAUUGUUUUACCAUCAAUUUCUUUUCACAUUUCAUCAACAGGUUCAGAAACUAGACUCACCAUUUUGAUUCAUUCUCAGAUAAGACGGUUGAGAGUUUGUUUCUUCCCCCAUGAAUUUGAAGUGCUUUUGAAAAUUUAGCAUUUGGAUUUUCUUUUUUUUUUUUUUAACUUUUCACUUCAGAAAUUGACCAUUUUGUGAUAUUCUUCUGUCCUAACUUUUGAUUUUACCAUGACUUUUCGGUCCCUCUUGUUCCUUCUCUUCUGCCUUGCAUUUCUUCCAUUGAUCCAGUCCGAGCUCGACGUUAACUACUACCAGAAAACAUGCCCGAAAUUCAAGGAAAUCGUCCAGAAAACGGUGAUAGACAAGCAACAAACGACGCCGACCACAGCCGCCGCCGCCCUCCGCCUCUUCUUCCACGACUGCAUGUUGGGAGGCUGCGACGCCUCCGUUCUGGUCUCCAGCAACGCCUUCAACACAGCCGAGCGCGACGCCGACAUCAACCUCUCCCUCCCAGGCGAUGGCUUCGACGUGGUCGCGCGCGCCAAGAACGCCCUCGAGCUGGAAUGCCCCGGUGUUGUAUCCUGCGCAGACGUCCUAGCGGAAGCGGCGCGUGACCUCGUCGUCAUUGUCGGCGGGCCAUUCUACGAGGUCCGAUUAGGCCGAAGAGACGGAUUGGAAUCAAAAGCAAAAGACGCAGAAGGAAAAUACCCGAAGCCAACAAUGACAUUAUCCAAAAUCAUCUCGAUCUUCGCAUCGAAGGGAUUCUCUUUACAAGAAAUGGUUGCAUUAUCGGGUGCCCACACCAUAGGAUUCUCUCACUGCAGCCAAUUCAGCUACAGAAUUUUCAAUUUCAGCAAGACCUCAGCCAGCGAUCCGGCGAUGAACAGCAUGUACGUAGAAGGAUUGAAGAAAUUGUGCGCGAACGCAAGCAAAGACCCAGGAAUGAGCGCCUUCAACGACGUGAUGACGCCGGGGAAGUUCGACAACAUGUAUUACCGGAACCUGCAGAGAGGAUUGGGGUUGCUGGCAACGGAUACGGCGUUAUGGCUGGACAAGAGGACGAAGUCGUUCGUGGAUCUGUAUGCAGCGAAUCAGAACAAGUUCUUCCAAGAUUUCGCUAAUGCGAUGAUCAAGGUUAGCAAUCUGGACAUCAAGACAGGGAAUCAAGGAGAGAUUCGUCACAGAUGCGACACUUUCAACUCACUGCAACGUUGAGAGUAAGUUUUUUACAAUUACAAACACAGAUAAACUGAUCAAUACAGAAAUGUAAGAUUAAAAUGCAAAUUAUAGAGUUGGUUCCAGUACCACACGAUGCAUAAUCUGAAACCAGAAAAGGCGUGAAAUUAAAAAGAAAGAAAGGAUGAGAAAUUCAGAUAUUCGUGUUGAGAGCUGAGACCUGGGAAGGAAUAGCAGUCUCUUUGUUGUCUUCUUAAGUCCAUUGUUAUCAAAUCUGAGACGCAUGAAUCAAGCCGAUGAUCAUCGUUUCGGCCAAAUAAUUCUUUAUUUGGGUGUUGGAUUCCUGGCUUUAGUAAUAAAAUACAGAAUGUUCAUUUAAUCAAAAAAAAGA